AAUAAAGAGACUGCAGCAGGACGUACAGAUGCGCUGGAACAGCACGUAUUACAUGCUCCAGUCCCUCAUUGAGCAAAAGCGAGUGCUGAGGGUGUAUGUGUCCGAGCAUGAACUCCCUGACUAUCUCACCGCUCACCAAUGGGCUCUUAUGGAGAAGACUGUUGCCAUCCUCGCCCCCUUUGAGGAACUAACUAAAAAAGUGAGCAGCUACGACGCACUAGCCUCUGAUGUCAUCCCAGCUGUGACUGUGCUAGUGAGACUUCUAAACAGAGAAACAGACGAGGACCACGGCGUCAAGACAAUGAAAGCAACCUUACUGGCAGCUGUCAAGAAGCGCUUCAGUGACGUCGAGACCAACCCACUGUACUUCAUAUCCACCAUACUUGACCCAAGGUAUAAAGAUCGCUUCUUCUCCAACAACACUGCUCCGGAGGCCAAGCUGCACCUGAAGCAGGAGCUGCAGAUGAUGUCCAGAGCUGAGGCAGAGGGGAGUCGGGCAGAAGCUGCAGAACCUCCUGCUAAACUGUUCAAGGCCCAGGCCAGCACUAGCAGCAGUCUGGACACUGUAUUUGAAGAAAUCGCUAAGGAGCAGCCCCAGGCAGCACAGCCGCUGGCAGCAGGUGCUGCCAUUCAGCUCGACACAUACCUCGGAGAGGCCCCAAGCCCUCGUGAAGACAGUCCUCUGAAGUACUGGGGUGUCAACAAAAUCAGGUUCCCCACUUUGGCUAAAAUGCCCCAGAAAUACCUCUCAGCCCCAUGUAGCAGUGUGGAAAGUGAAAGGCUUUUUAGCUCAGUGUCACACCCUGCUCC